AUGACAGCGGAGGAUAUCCCACGGAUGUAUCAAUUGGCGGAGAGCAAGGGAGCUGCUGUACGCUGUCUGACGGUGCGCUUGGGGAGGAAAGAGAGCGGCUACGACCCAACACCGGGCGUUCUGGACGACUCGGAUAUCGACUGGGACAGAGUAUUUAGACACUUGCCCACUUUGAAGAGACUCGAUCUGACCAAGUUGUCGUUGAGGGUUUGUCUACAAAACCACUACGAGUACACGAACGCCGUGUAUGGAGCUCCAAUCGAGAAGUUGACGACGACUUUGUAUCAAGCGCUGGAGAGGUGGCACGACGAAAAGACUGGGGCUGGACUACGACAGCUCACGGUGCCGACAAGGAACGAAGUGGAGCGGCUUCGCAGCACGACGGAGUUUCUCGAAGCCGUGAUGAAGUUUUGUCCGCAGAUAGAGUUCUUGGAUGGCUACGAGAAGAUGAAGGUGCACGGGGACGCCCAGUGCUACGACAUGUGGGCGGUCACGUUGGAUACGUGGGAAAAGUUCAACAAGACGUGCACGAGUUUGAAGAAGUUUAGCUGGGCGGUUGUUCCUUUUGCCGAUCCGUUCUUUCAAGUGUUCGGAGACCACGUGAAGCCGAAUUUGAUGGAGUUGUCGCUGUCUGCCAACGAGUGUUGGAACUACCAUCGCUACUUCCGUGAGUGCGAUGGCCAGAUCGUGGCUCCACCUCCGAACGACGACGAGGAAGACGUUGAGGCCAGUCGCCCUGGUUACGGCUUGCUGGUCUCGGAGAUCACUGCGGUGCUGAGAGCAUGUCCCACGCUGACAAAGCUAUCGAUUGCGAUCGAUUAUCGACGUAAUGCCAGGUCUCGCUACGUGAACACGAGGUUGUACGGGGACGAGUUCUGGGGGGCAGUGGCGGAUCGCUGUCCACAUUUGGAGACAAUUACGAUGUCGGAUUGCUCGGGCUAUGCCAACUACAGCGUCAAGUCCAUCGAUACGCUAACUGAUCGCACCUUGAUCUCCCUGGCAACGAUGAAGUCGCUACGGUCGCUUGAGUUGGCGCCUGCUCGUCUGACUGGCAAGGGUAUUUUCGAGUACCUGCGUAUCUCGAAAGACCAAGAGUUUCUCAAGAACGACCUUGCUGUUCAGAUCCGAGUGAGUGGCCACGAGCGCACUCUGCAGGCAACUCCCCGAUUCUACGGCGAGAUAGUUGAGUUGUUGAAGCUACUUGCGGAAACGAGCGAGGAGGAUCUUGGAGCGGCGGCUUGUCGUCGUAAGCCUGAGAUCUACAUUGGUAAUCCGUACAAGUCGAAGGUGGACCGCAGUUGGUGCGAGCCGUACAUGCGCGACAGGUUGAUGCCGGUUCUAGAAGCGGUCCGAGAGAGGCACCCUUCACUAGCGUUGCAAGUGUGGCUUUGUGGGCACAAUGGGGAUAUCUUCAACCGCAUCGACUUCAUCAAGCUCAAGUGGAAUUCAAAGGAUGAGUUUGACCGCCAGCUAUUCAAGAAUACGCCAGCGGACGACGAGGACGACGAGAUUUACCGCAUUGCCAGUAUGAACGAGACAAUUAGUCUCGGCAGCGGCGAUGAGGGCGAAGGGGGACAAGUUACGGUCCACAAUCUGCACAGUUUGAGAGACAUCAUGGCCGAAGGCUUGGGUGGAGAAGGACGCUACUUCUAG